UACAGAAACACAUCGCUAUCGCUAUCUUGUCCCGCGGCUCAAUAACCUGCUCGAUAACGCCUUGGCAGCUACCUACUGGCGCUGCGGUCAUGAUUGUGAGCAUGCAAUAAAGUGCGACUCAUGCGCCCGUCGUGGUGUCGACGCAUCCCAGGCUGCACCCCGCAUGAUCGUACCGCAUCGCAUCGCAUCGCAUUGCAUCAGAGUAGUGAUGAAGAGCUUUUUAGUCGCGUCGCUCUUGGCGAGCGCAAUCAACGCGCAAUAUAAUCUUACGUAUUUAAACUUGAUGAACGCAAUGGAACCGACUCUCACCUUCAUGUCGUCCGACGACACUGCCACUACCUACGAGAAGAAGUGUCCUGAAACAACGACUCCUACAUCUACACCUUCGCCGACGUACUUGUCUCCAGCCGAAGAAUCAGCACGAGAAGCGUCUCUCGACAGCAUGAUAUCCUGGGCGCUAUCAUUCUACGAAACCGCCGUACCAAUAGAGACACCAGAAUCAGAGGUCGACGGUUGCAUCCCUUUCACCAUGCUUCAAGGCCCCGAGACAUGGGAGUUUCACAUGACCAUUACGAGUGCAAUAACCAGGAACGGUGCUUGUACGUGGACGGGUGUGCUAACCGAAGUCCCCGUCACGUGCGAUGCCGAUUUUUACAAUGAGAAGAAUUCUAUACUUAGUGGAACACCGACGAUUUUCUCGCAAUCGGAAUUGAGGGCGUGGUCAAACCUGAGAUUUGCUAUGGCUACUAUCGUGGGCGCUACGUCCACACCUACACCCGCAAGCACGAGCGAAGCGAGUGGGGCCAAGGAGACUGGAGUAGAGGCUUCGGACAGCGAGGGACGCGCGCCGGGUAUGCCGCUGCCUACUGGCGCGAUUCUGAUGGUCGGUGGAGCAGCAGCGUUUGGUGGAGCGGCUUGGGGGUUCUAAGAUCUGAGUUGACUGUAUUUCAAGACAAUCUAGUUACAAUUGGGAACGACUGCAGCAUAGCCUGCUGCGAGUUUCGAGCACAUUGUCACGAUUCAUCCGGUGUGAAUAGUGACGAUGUCUCUAGUGCCUGCGAGACUGAUGGAUGCUCGGCUGGAACUCGACUUCGGAGGUGAUGACCGCCAGUAGAAAACCGCAUCGCAGCACCGCAUCUUGUCAAAUCGAGAGUCACUAGCAGAGUCACGUCGAAUGCGACGUGAAUUUUCUCACCUCUUCCUGUUGACAACAGCGCCCUGCAGUUGAGCGAAGAGUCUCAUCAGCGAGCCCACUUGCGAGAUGAUACAUAGCGUUGCAUACGGUACGAUGGAUCGAGCAUGAUUGUGAGGGGACGGCACGGCUCAAAGAACUGUGAUCACGAUCAUGCCAGCAGAAU